AUGGGGAACAGCUCGACGAAAGAGUCUCGGCCGUCGUCCUCGCUGGCAUCGCGCCCUAGCCAGUCGAGGCACGUCAGCUCACAACAAGAAGCUUCCAGCAGCUCCACGCGACCGCCUGUCGACCGGCUGACAAGCGGGACCUACACUUCUCGUGGCAGUAGGCCAGAUCUCUCGUUUCUCGGCUUAGGAGCCAACUCCGACAGGGAUGCGGCUCCAGCCGAGACGAGGAAAGAAACAAAGGCGGAACGAGAAGCCAGGAAGCUAGAGAAGGAGCGGGCGGCUAGGGAAAAGGAACGCGAGCGGAGUAUACGGGAGGAGGGCGUAGAUGGCGGCUUCUUGGUGACGCUCGGAACGUACACUGGGACGGAGGACUUCAACAAGGCCAUCGUCCGGCAGCUGAUGAUCGAGAGGCGGCUGGCUCCUUUCUGGAAAGGACUUAACGACCAUCGAGAAGAAUGGACCGAAAAUCAGCUGGUCGCGGCGGCCAAAGGUCUACCUAUCCCUCCAGCGGACGAGAUCCCUACGGAAGAGAUGGAGCGAUCCAUGUCGCAAUCAAGCUCCAACCCACGAUCUUCGGACUUCAACAUCAACAAUCUGACAGUUCCUAUCAAUGGACGCUCGCCUUCAUCAAACUCGGAUCUAUCGAUGAACCUAUCGCCGUCACAUCCCGCGUUCUCGGUACCUUCCGCCAGCUCGCCACUAGGGUCGCCCUCCUCCACAUCUCCUUUCUUCAGAGGUCGGGCCAAAACUCUGGCUGCUCUUAGCACCUCGUCGAGAAACAACUCGCAAACCGAGAUGACGCCACAAGAAAUACAACUACCGAAAGACCCUUUCGUCAACGGUCUGAGGCUUGAAGCUUUCUUGUACAAAGAUGCAUCAGAGUGUCCUAUCUGCUUCCUAUACUACCCGCCGUAUCUGAACAAGACACGCUGCUGCGACCAACCAAUCUGCUCGGAAUGCUUUGUACAGAUCAAGCGGCCGGAUCCGCACCCGCCGGAACACCACGACUCGAACGGUCAACCCGCACCGUCAGGACCUCAUGAAGCAGCGAACCUUGUCUCCGAACCAGCCGCGUGUCCGUUCUGCGUGCAGCCAGAGUUUGGGGUUACGUACGAGCCGCCUCCUUUCCGGAGGGGUCUGACAUACCAGGGUCGCGGACAUCAUGUUGCCAGCGCAAUGUCUGCAAUGUCAUCAUCGUCAUCUCUCAACUCCCAAGGUGUUGCGACCCCCGGUGGUACGUCGAACAGGCGGAGAACGACAUCUCUCUCGGCCACCGCACCACAAGUCAUCACUACAGACAAGGUCCGCCCAGAUUGGGCGAAGAAGCUCUCGGAUGCUCGCGCGCACGCCCUGAGGAGGUCGGCAGCUGCGACUGCAUUGCACAAUGCGGCCUACGUCAUUGGCAACGUCGGCGGGGCCGACGCUGGCCGAUUCGGUCUUGGAAGACGACGGCGGAGUGUUUUCGUUGGAGAUGGCGAAGGCAGUAGUGGUGCUGGUACGCCACGACAUGGGGAGGUAACAAGCCUUGCUGGCAUGGGCGCGUUGCUUGCCGCGGCUACUGAAAGACCCGGCGGUGCUAGGCGCGCAACGGAUGGAGCGGGCGAGCUGUUCCCGGGCAGACAUGGCUUCGGAAGGAGCCGAAUGGAGGAUCUAGAAGAGCUUAUGAUGAUGGAAGCGAUCAGGUUGAGCAUCGCGGCCGAGGAGGAGAGGAAGCGGAAGGAGGAGAAAGAGGCAGCAAAGGAAGCGAAGAAGGAAGAGAAGAAGAAGGCAAAAGAGGCGAAGAGGGCUGAGAAGGCUGCGAAGAGAACUGGCUACUUUCCUCCCGUAUCGUCUGACCACGCAACCUCCUCCUCAGGCGUUGCAGGCAAGGGCAAAGCCGUCGACAGGGCGGGAGCCGCCGAUGUCAGCCCACUAAAUGACGCGGUUGCGUCUUCAUCUAGAGACGAUCCUCAGCGGCACCUUGAGCAAAGUAGAGCGCAAUUCCACUCUCAAGCGGCAGAUAUCCCGUUCUCUGCGCCAACAGAUAUCCCCCACCACCGCACCGCGCUGCGCCACCUGUCUACCGCAUCGUCUUCCACAUCCUCGUUCGCCGAGUCCGUUCCGGACUCCCUCCGCAGGGGCAGCGCCACCGGCUUCGGCGCUUCAGCUUCCUCGUUUGACGCCAGUCCUAACGCUAGCGGCCUAAAUCUCGCAACACCGCAGGAAGGUGUGGAUACACCAGCGGCAACCACUCCCGCUUUAGAGCCGAUGUUCAACUUCCGCAGUCUAGCUGCAAUGAUCGGGGACGAAGAGAAGGGAAAUGGAAACGCUCAGCACAUUGAGAGUGUGACUGAACAGAACGGCAGCGCCAAGAGUGGCACCAACAGGGCUCGUGGUGACUCGGGCGAGAGCUCGAGCAGCUGGAGGCCUCCACCUGCGAUAUCAUUACAGCCGCCACCUAAGGAGGCUGUGGGAGUCGAGGGCCAGGAGCAGAGCUUGGACAUGAGUACGGUGACUCUGCAGCCCGAGGGCUCUGUCAGGAACGGAACCCCGAGGGAGGACAAGCACGAGAUCAUGCCGUUGCCGCCCGUGGGGUCGGCCCAUGGCGAUUACGAUCAGAAGCAUAUCGGAAACUACAGCAUCAUGGCAGAAGGAAGGCACGAUGGGCACCAGGCUACGCAGUAA